AUGCGAGCUUCUUCAAAUGAAAUCGGCCGUGUCUACACGAGACGGCGGCCAUUCCAGCGUCACGUUGCAGGUAGUGUGAAGCUGCCUGUGCGUUCAGAACUGCGUUGCCGCUAUCAGCCGGCUGUGAGAGUUUGUAGGCGUCUGUCUUGCCGUAGCGAGUGUUUUUCCCAUGGCGUUUGCGAGGGAACCAUCGAAUCGUGGCCUGUACGACCCCUCUCGCGAGCAGGAUGCGUGUGGCGUCGGCUGCAUCGCUGAUCUUCAGGGACGGGUCAGUGAGGGGUGCGGGUGCGGGUGGCAGAGGGAGGGUCAUGUGUGCGUGUUGUGUCGUGUUUUCCAUCUCGGUGUGUCACCGUGUGUGUGUGUGUGUGUGUGUGUGUGUGCAGUACACGCGGAGGACGGUGAGUGAUGCGUAUAAGCUGCUGGUUCGCAUGACCCAUCGAGGAGCCAAGCAAGGCGAAGACGGAGAUGGUCAGGCACUCAUUCACAGCACAGCACACGCAGAUGAGAGGGCAGCCAGCAAGCCGACAGCCAAGCACGUGUGUGUGUCGUGUGUUGUGUGUUGUGUGUCAGGUGCGGGCAUCAUGUUGGGUCUGCCGCAUGCCUUUUACAGGAAGGUGACUCAGUUCUCCUUCCACCUGCCGCCGCAGGGCAGGUAUGGCGUCGGCAUGUUCUUCCUCCCAAAGGGUGAAAUGGACCGACACGCUGCCAUGGAGGUGAGGUCAGAGGACCACCAGCUGGCCACGCCAACACACCAACACGCGCCGAUGUUUGCCUGGCUCCCUGCCUGUGCGUGCCAGAUGAUUGAGCGCACCGUCCGACAGCAUGGCUUGGUGGUGCUGGGUUGGCGCGCCCCUCUACCUACCAAGUCGACCAUUCUGGGCCCCAAGGCCAAAGCCACCGAGCCGUUCAUCGCCCAAGUGUUUGUCAGCAUGCCCACCGACCUCGUGGUAAGCAAGCCAGACAUGAGACCAGCACACGUAGGAGACGAUUCCUCCCUCUGUGUGUGUGUGUCCAUAGGAUUGCGAGGAAGAUGAGGCGUCCCCGAUGAGCCGUGAGGUGAUGCCCCGGCUGUCGAAGCAGUUCACUGACAACGAGAGUGACGCCGUAUCUGUGCGGGAGACCGUCGCCGUCAUUGAGGGGCUGCCCGCCGACCUCGAGACCCUCCUCUACAUCGUCCGCAAGAAGCUAGCCAAAGAGCAGACCAUCUACAUCUGCAGGUGUGUGAGCCGGAUGCGUGUGGGUAUGGUGUGGGCAGAAAUACAUACCACCGAUGAGAUGUGUGCUGACUGAUCUCUCUCUGUCCGUUCUGUCUGUCUGUCUGUCUGUCAGUUUCUCGAGCCGCACGGUGGUGUACAAAGGUCAGUUUCAGGCGGAGCAGCUGUUCAACUACUUUGACGACCUCAUGGACGAGGACCUCACCUCGUACCUGGCACUCGUCCACUCCCGAUUCUCUACCAACACCUUCCCCAACUGGCAGCGAGCACACCCGUAAGCCAGCAACACACACGCACGCACACACGUGUGUCUGUGUGCCCAUUUACGGCUGUCCAUGUGUGUGUGAGCCAGGUUCCGUCGCAUCUGCCACAACGGCGAGAUCAACACGAUCGAGGGCAACCGCAACUGGCUGCGGGCUCGGGAGGGCCUCAUGAAGGCCACGCCCAAGGCGUUCGCAUCAGUGCCCCUGGCCGACCUCGUCCCAAUCGAUGAGGGCUGCGGGUAAAUGAGUCACGCAUACACAGACACACACACACACACAUGCCGUGCGUGAUACACAGGCGGAAGGAAGCACCCACACACACGUGGCAUUGACUGGUUGUGUGUGGCUUCCAGAUCCGACUCGAGCACGUUGGACUCAGUGGUCGACUUCCUCACCAUGGCCGGCCGGCCGAUCGAGCACGUCAUCAUGAUGCUCGUGCCCGAGGCCUGGCAGAACAACAGCAGCAUGACCGAGGAGAAACGGGCCUUCUACCAGUACCACUCCUGCAUGAUGGAGCCGUGGGACGGGCCUGCCCUGGUGGCCUUCACCGACGGCAAGAAGCUGGGCGCCACGCUCGACCGCAACGGGCUGCGGCCGGGCCGCUACUACAUCACCGUCGAUGACCGGCUCAUUCUCGGCAGCGAAGUGGGCGUGGUCGAUGUGGCUUCGAGCCAGGUGCGUCGGUCGGCUGCUGCAUUGCCAUUCGACCUGCGGGCAUCUGUGGGCUGGCUGUUUUGUGUGUGGGUGUGUUGUGUGUAGAUUCGGUUCAAGGGCCGCCUCCGCCCCGGCCGGAUGCUGCUGAUCGACUUCCAGCAGAAGCGUCUCGUGGAAGACGAGGCACUCAAGGCCUCGUAAGCGCAGAAGAGACCACACAGGCUUCCCUAGACACACAUAUAUGUGGGUGGACUUGAACGAUUGUGGAUUGGUGUUGUGUUGUGUGUCAGGAUCUCCCGUAUGCAUCCAUACGCUGAGUGGGUGAAGAAGAACACUGUGCGGCUGGCCGACCUCACGCAGCCCGUGCUAGGUAGGUGGGUCCGGUGGUGUGGUGUGGCGGUGGCCAAGCAGUCCCUCGCUUAUCGAAAUGCCUGUGUGCGCUUCAGGCGACGACUUGAAGGCCGAGCUGAUGCUCGACGACAAGAAGAUGAUCCGGCGCAUGAAGGCAAGCCCCCUCCCCCCUCCCCCCCCCGGCCACACAUCAAUGUGCACACACAGGUCAACGCAUCUGUCUGUCCUUGUGUGCAGAUGUUCGGCUACUCGUACGAGAAGUUCGACAUGCUGGUGGCGCCGAUGGCCAAGCGGUCGGCCGAGUCGCUGGGCAGCAUGGGCAAUGACAUCCCUCUCGCGUGCCUCUCCAAGCUGCCCAGAAACCCUGCCGACUACUUCGCACAGAUGUUCGCGCAGGUGCGCGUGUUGACUGACACACAUCCCUCUGUGUCGAUUCAUUCAUGGCUCUGUGUGGUGGUGGUGGUGGUGGUGCACUGCGUCCAGGCGACGAAUCCUGCGAUCGACCCCAUCCGCGAAGCCAACGUGAUGUCGCUCGAGUGCCCGAUUGGCCCGGAGCAGGACUUGCUCAAGGAGACGCCACAGCACUGCAACAGAAUCGUCCUAGAGGUAGCUACUUCCGUCCUCUCCGCCCCUCCACACACACAUCCAGAUCACACACGCAUGCAUGGGUCUGAAUGUGUGUGUCUUGUGUGUGGUUGGGUGUGCAGGAGCCCGUGUUGGACCCCGGUCGAUUCCGCGCGUUGGUGUCGCUCGAAGGCUUCCCCGCCCACCGCAUCGACAUCACAUGGGACAGCAGAGACGGACCUGCGUGGAUGGAGACCAGGAUGAAGGAAGGUCAGCGCCUCUCCCACACCCACACCCUCUCAUCCUCUCCGCCUCAUACAUACAUUUUCCUCUCCUUAUUGCACCACACCCAUCAGUGUGCCGUGAGGCAUCUGAUGCCGUGAGCAGCGGCAAGGCCAUCAUCGUCUUGUCGGACCGCCGCUUCAACGAGUCGCGCGUGCCGAUCUUCGCGUCGCUGAUAGUGGGCGCGGUGCACCAGCACCUGAUCCAGCAGAAGCUGCGGUCGGACUGCGCCUUGGUCAUCGAGACGGGCGACGCUUUCGAGGUGCACCAGAUCUGCGUGUUGCUGGGGUUUGGCGCUGACGCCAUCUACCCGUACAUGGCGUACCAUAGCCUGGUGAGGGUCGGCCGCACGCAACUGAAUGUGUGUGAUGUGUCCACUGCGCGCGUGUGUGUGUUGUCAGAGCCGAGUGCGUUUCUCCCAGAACGAGCCCAAGAUGGAGCUGGCCAAAAUGAUUGAGAACUACAGGCAAGCACAGGAGAGAGACGCAGACAUAGUGGGGAAGAGAGAGCCCGGCAGCCAACAUGGUGGCGUGCGUGGGAUGUGUGUGUGUGUGUGUGUGUGUGUGUGCAGGGUGGCGGUCCACGCGGGCGUGUUGAAGGUCAUGUCCAAGUUCGGCAUCUCCACACUCAUGUCGUACAAAGGUACGCCCCCAUCCACCAAAAUGCGCCUCUCUCUCUCUCUCUCUCUCCGCUUGUGUGGAUGUAUCCCUCCCUGUGUGUGCUUAGGUGCGGGUAUGUUCCAAGCGGUCGGCCUGAGCCAGAAGGUCAUCGACACGUGCUUCACGGGAUGCGCCUCAGUCAUCGGCGGCGUCGGCCUCGACGUAUUCGCCGUCGACGCACUCAGGUAUAUGUAAUCCUCCCUCCCUCCCUCCCUCACACAGACACAGGCAGAGAGAGAGAGAGACCAUUGCCGAGUGCAUCUGUGUUGUGUUUGUUUGUCAGGCUGCACAACCAGGCCUUCCCCCGGCGCGAGCUGCCCCCCCUGGUCGACAUGGACGUCGAGGAGUUUGACGAGGACGGCGUCUACCACUUCCGCUCCAUCCACGACACCGAGCUGCACAUGAACCACCCCGACUCCAUCGCCAAAGUGCAGGACGCCGCGCGCAGAAAUUCUCGCGAGUCAUACCGGUGAGAAUCAGAGAGGGGGAUGGGUGUCAGUCAUGCUUGUGUAUGGUGAUCUUGUGUGUGGGUGUGUGUGGUUUGGGUGGGUGCAGGGAGUUUUCCGACUUCCAGAACGCCUUGGUGGAUCGGUGCGAGCUCCGCGGCUCCUUCGAGCUGGCCCUCGACAAGUGCACGCCCAUCGCCAUCGAGGAGGUGGAGUCUGUCGCAGCCAUUGUCAAGUAUGCACACCACACACACACACCCUGCCCCCCUCCCCCCAACACACACACACACACACACGCACACAUGCGUCUGUGUGUGACAAACCAGGCGUUUCGCGACCGGUGCGAUGUCGUACGGUUCGAUAAGCGAGGAGGCCCACAAGGCUCUGGCCAUCGCCAUGAACAGGAUCGGCGGCAGGUCCAACACGGGGGAGGGCGGCGAGAGCGACGAUCGCUACCUGCCCGGGGCCAACGGGGAGAACAAGCGCAGCGCCAUCAAGCAGAUCGCCAGCGGCCGCUUCGGCGUCACCAGCCAGUACCUCGUCAACGCAGACGAGCUUCAGAUCAAGCUCGCACAGGUCCAUCGGACACUACAGCACAUCUUUCUGCCGAUGGAUGGAUGGAUGUGUGUGUGUGUGUGUGUGUGUGUUGACAGGGUGCGAAGCCUGGUGAGGGCGGUGAGCUGCCUGGCCACAAGGUAGUGGGCAAGAUUGCUGAGACGCGCAAGAGCACCCCGGGGGUGGGGCUGAUAUCCCCGCCGCCCCACCAUGACAUGUACAGCAUUGAGGACGUCGCGCAGCUCAUCAGCGACCUCAAGAAUGCAAACCCGGAGGCACGCGUGAGCGUCAAGCUGGUGUCGAAGGUAUGCAGAGGGAGAGGGAGACGGAGAGAGAGAGAGAUGGGCCGAUGAGCAUCUGAUUGAGAUACGUGUGUGGGUGUGUCUGUGUCUGUGUGUGAUUGUGCAGGUGGGUGUGGGGAUCAUAGCUGCGGGCAUUGUCAAGGGCAAGACAGACCACCUCCUCAUCAGCGGCAUGUCAGGCGGCACUGGUAACCCCCACCCACACAAUGCACCCAUCUCUGCCUGUGCGAACGUCCUGUGUGUAUGUGUGUGUGUGCUGCACACACAGGUGCGGCCAAGUGGACGUCGAUCAAGCACGCCGGCCUCCCCUGGGAGAUCGGCCUGGCCGAGACCCACCAGACGCUCGUACUCAACGGUCUCAGGGAGAAGGUCAUUCUGCAGACGGACGGGCAGAUCAAGACGGGCCGCGACGUCGUGUACGCCGCCCUGCUGGGCGCGGAGGAGGUGUGCUUCUCGACACAGCCGCUGAUCGCCCUGGGGUGCAUCAUGAUGCGCAAGUGCCAUCUCAACACGUGCCCCGUCGGGAUUGCCACACAGGUUUGCAGACGUGGUUGCCUGGACGGGUGGAUGGCAGACAGGCCCAUUUGUGUGUGUGUGUGUGUGUGGGAGUUAGGAUGAGGAGCUUCGGAAGAAGUUCACGGGCAAGCCCGAGCACGUCCUCAACUACCUGUUCCUGGUGGGCGAGGAGGUGCGCGCCAUCAUGGCCCAACUCGGCAUCAGAAAAUACGGUAGGUGCGCCAGUCCGUGUGCCCUAAGCACACCCAAACAAACCAGCCUCCAUUUGUUUUGCCUUCUUUUUUUUUUGCGUGUGUGUAGACGACAUGGUGGGCCGUGCCGAUCUGUUGCGCCCGAAGCCGUCUCUCAAGGAACACUAUAAGACCCGCGAGAUCGACCUCUCAAAGGUAGGUCGACACACACGCUUACACCGAUGGUCACGGGUGUGGUGUAUAUGUGUGUAUAUGUGUGUGUGCAGCUGCUGUACCCGGCGUGGCAGCUGACCGACGCGCAGCAGCCGUCGGGCGGCCCACAGUCGCUGGCGCAGUCGGUUCCCCCUGGCAUGUGCUGCAGAAUGGCGCAGGACCAUGAACUUGACAAAGUCAGCACACGGCACACCGUGAUACACACAAACAGAGGGAUGCAUCUCACUGUGAUGUGUGCAUAAAAUGCAGGUGAUCGACCGUGAGAUUGUGCGUCUGUCGGUCCGGUCGCUGCAGAAGCAGGCCAAGACCGUCCUGCACAUGCCCGUCAGGAACGUCGAUCGCACCGUGGGCGGCAUUCUGAGCUACGAGGUCACCCGCCGCUACGGCGCCCAGGGCAUGCCCCCCGGCACCAUCGUCGUGCGCUUCCGCGGCAGUGCUGGCCAGUCCUUCGGCGCAUGGCUGGCCCCCGGGAUCACCUUUGACCUGCAAGGGGAUGCCAACGACUACACGGGCAAGGGGCUGAGCGGGGGGCAUGUUGUGGUGAGGCCGCCGAAGGACUCGCCGUUCUUCAAUGAGAGCCACGGCAACAUCAUUGUGGGCACAGAGAGAGAGGGAGGGAGGGAGGGAGGGCGUGAGAGAGGAUGUGACACAUCCGUGUGUGUGUGUCCGUGUGUGUGUGUGUGUGUGUGGGUGUAUGUCAGGUUGGCAACGCCUGUUUGUAUGGCGCGACGGACGGGCGCGCCUUCUUUGCGGGGGUGGCUGCCGAGCGGUUUGCAGUGAGGAAUAGCGGGGCCAUUGCUGUAGUGGAGGGCGUUGGCGACCACGGAUGCGAGUACAUGACUCGGUGGGACAGACACCAUCUGACACACACACCACACACACACACACACACACACAUUGGUGGGCGUCGAUGCAUCCCCUUCUCUGUGUCUCUGUGUGUGCAGUGGUUUGGUAGUGAUUCUUGGCGAGAUCGGUCAGAACUUCGCUGCCGGCAUGAGCGGCGGCAUCGCAUACCUUCUCGACAUCGACAAGGUGGCUGCCCAAGCCCUCAACACACACACACACCCACACCCACACCCACACACACACGCCCCCAUCCAUGUGUGUGUUUUCGUUUCUGUGUCUAUCAUUGCAUCGCAACAAACAGGACAACGUCAACGACCAGAUGGUGUAUUUGGAGCCCGUGACGUCUUUGGAGGACAAGCGCACCCUGGAGAACCUCGUCAACGAGCACUACGACCGCACCCGCAGCGAGCGCGCCAAACUCAUCAUCAACAACUGGAAGGAAUACAGCCAGCGGUAAGGACUCUCUUAACACUCCUCACACACACAGAGAGAGAGCGAGAGGCCGGCGCACACACCAUGAGAGAAGCGCACUCCCACACCCCGUGUGUGUCACCAGCUUCACUAAGGUCUUCCCGAAGGACUACAAGCGUGUGUUGAGGGAGGCCAUCGCCGACCACGUCAGGACGGGCAGCAAGGUGGCCGGGGCCAUCCUCAACGACUGGGAGUCCAUCGCCUACCAGCUCAACAUGCGCGCCAUCAAUCGCAAGAUGGCCGUCCCCUUCAGGGCGCUCCUCAACGAGCAGACGCAGCAGAGAUACAGGCAGUGGCUCAACAAAAACCUCAAGAACGACUCCACCUUCCAGGUCACCAUUGCGCUUGUACUCCCUCCCUCCCUCACCCGGCCCCCAAUGUGUGUGUGUGUGUGUGUGUUGUAGGAGAUUGCUGGUGUGGCAAGCGGCAACUCGAUGCUGCGCAUGAUCAAGGACGACACUUCGACGGCCGCCAUGACGGGCAAGGAGGAGGUGUUGGUGCCGCGGGCGCAGAGCACCCUCAAGAGCGGCAAGAGCGCCGAGUUCGACGAGAGGGAGGAGGAGCUCUUCCAGAUGGCCUUCAGGGCACAGUACAUGAUGGUACACACACAGCACAGACACGCACAGAGAGGGUGGGUAAGGAUGCAUCAAUUUGUGUGUGUGUGAUACAGUGGCGGAAGGGCCACCAUCGCGGCACUCUGCAGCUGAUGGGCAGCAACGUGCUCGACAACAAAGUGGCGUCGCGGCUGUUCAAGACUGUGAGCGGCAGACAGACCAGACCUUCCACUGUGUGUCCAUCGUCUGUGUGUGUAUUGGUAUUGUGUGUUGUAUUAUGUUCAUUCAGGCAACCAAGGAGAUGUUGAAGCGGAGGAUCUCUCAGGAGAAGCAGGAGCUCGAGCGGCGACUCAACGACGCCAUGAUACCCUCAGCAGCAUCAGCAGUACCAAGGGCAAAGACCAGACCAGGCACGCCACGCCCGACACACACACACCUCACCCCUUUGCACCCACCCCCCAUUCAUGUGUGUGUGUGUGUGUGUGUUGCAGAGGAGGAGAUUCCCGAGCCGCAGAAUGGCCAGGGCGCGAUGGUCGAGAAGGCCCCCGUGGACGGCGCGCGCGAGCAGCUGGUCAGCAACUUCACUGCCGAGGACUUCGUCGACUCCACGCCACUCACCUUCAACAACGAGGGGUGAGCUCGCGGGCCCAGCUGGGCGGCAUGCACACCAUCUCUCCCUCUCUGUGUGUGUCCGUUCUCUCUGUGUCGUUGGUGUAGUAUGAGCAUGGAGAAGGCCCGCCAGGCACUCGACAUGGAGGACCUCGUCUCACGGCCAAAGAGCGUCGCCUUCCCGGACAAGAAAAAAGGAUUCCACAAGUCAGUCACUGCAGAGAGAGAGAGAGAGAGGGGGAAAGGGCCCAUCGACAGGUAUCCAUCCCUCUCUGCUGCUCUCACCCCUAGGUACGAGAAGGAGGCCCAUCCGUACCGUGAGCCGAAGGUUCGUGUCCUGGACUGGGAGGAGAUCACCGUCCCCACCAACUCGCGAAGCAGACUCUACGACCAGCUCCUGCGCACACAGGCCGCCAGGUUACCCUCACACCAACGCACCCACACCCACACCCACACCAUAUGCCUCAUGUGUGUGUGUGUCUGUGUGUGUGGUGGUGGUGGUUUCAGGUGCAUGGACUGCGGGACCCCCACGUGCCACUACCCCAAUCCGCAGGGCGGCGGCUGCCCUCUCGGCAACAGAAUCCCAACAUGGAAUGCUCUCACCUACGAGGGCAACUGGAAACAGGUGCACACACACACCACCCACACGCACACAGAGACAGAGAGAGGGAGAGGGAGAGCAUCUCGUUGUGUGUGGGGAUGGUGUUCAGGCGUUGGAGCGUCUGCUCGACACGAACAACUUCCCCGAGUUCACUGGCCGCAUCUGCCCCGCCCCCUGCGAGGAGUCCUGUGUGCUGGGCAUCAACGAGAAGAGCGUCGCCAUCAAGAGCAUCGAGGUCGCCAUCAUCGACUACGCCUUCUCAAAGGGAUGGAUCAAACCUAGGCCGCCCAAGGUCAGCCAACAGCCAAGCCACAACACACACACACACACACACACACAGAGAGAGAGAGAGAGACGUCUGUGUGUCUCUUUGUGUGUGUCAGGUGCGGACUUACAAGCAGGUGGCGAUCAUCGGGAGCGGCCCAGCUGGUUUGGCGGCGGCCCAGCAGCUCAACCGUGCGGGCCACUCCGUCACCGUCUUCGAGCGGUCCGACCGCGUCGGUGGGCUCCUCAUGUACGGCAUACCCAACAUGAAGCUCGACAAGACCAAAAUCGUCCAGGUGUGAUGGCAUGGAUGGGAUGGAUGGGAUGGAUGGAUGGAUCAGCCCAUGCCCUCUCCCUCUCUCUGUCCCAGCGUCGCGUGGACCUGCUUCAAGCAGAGGGCAUCACCUUCCACACCAGCGUCGAGAUCGGCAAGGACAAGACUCUCGAGGAGCUCCGCGAGGAGUUCGACGCCGUCCUCCUCGCCACAGGCGCCACUGCGUCGCGGGAGUUCAAGAUCAACGGCUGGGAGCUCGAGGGCAUCCACCAGGCGAUGGACUUCCUCCACAUGAGCCAGAAGUCCCUCCUUGACUCGGACAUGCAGGACAGCGACUACAUCGACGCGCAGGACAAGCACGUGAUUGUGAUUGGUGGGGGCGACACGGCGGUCGACUGCCUGGGGACGGCGAUUCGUAUGGGGGCGGCAUCGGUGCUGCAGUUCUCGCGGCGCGAGGAGGCGCCCAAGAACCGACCGGACAACAACCCCUGGCCGCAGGUAUACACACAGCCAGCCACAGCCAGAUGGGGGUCGGGAUGACUGCAUGGCACGUGUGUUUGUGCAUGUGGCAGUGGGGUGAGUUCUUCCGUGUGGACUACGGACACGCCGAGUGCCACGUCAUGCAGGGGAGAGACCCGAGAGAAUACUGCGUCAAGUAAGCCGGCCGUCCCAGCCUCCGACACACCCCCAACAAACGCACAAGUUACCAAUCACGCCGCGUGUGUGUGUGUGUGUGUGUGCAGGGGUGUCGAGUUCGUGCCACAUGACCGCGACCCGACUCGCGUCGGGGGCAUCAAGGCCAUCCGCAUGCACUGGCAGAAGGACCCCAAGACCGGCAGGGCCCGCAUGGAGGCCAUGCCCGGCACCGAGAAGGUCUACAAGGCCGACAUUGUGCUGCUCGCCAUGGGCUUCCUGGGGCCCGAGGCGACCACAUGGAGCGGCACCACGGUCAAUGUCGACAAGCGGACCAGCAACAUCGACGCGGCCAUGGGCGACUUCAGGACAAACGUGCCCGGCGUCUUCGCAUGCGGCGACUGCAGAAGGCAAGAAGCCCCCUCCCCUCAGAGAAUAAACAGGCGUCCAUCUGCUGCUCUGUGUGUGUGUGUGUGUGUGCAGGGGUGCGACAUUGGUUGUGUGGGCGAUAGCCGAGGGCCGCGAUGCGGCGCACAAGAUCGACGAGUACCUGAUGGGCGACUCGGUGCUGCCCCGCGCUUUCCCUGAGUCGGCCAACCCCAAGCUCUUCCCGCCCACCGUCAGCAACCCCAACCCAGCCAUGGGCAUGCCCUCGUUCAGGGGCGGCACACACACGGGCAGCGGAUGGUAGCUAAUGCGUGUGCUGACACGUGUGGGCGAGGGGGUUAUGUGUGUGAGUGUGGGUGAUCAGCAGCACCGCCUUUUUGCUGUGUGUGACGGACGUGUGUGCGUGUUUGUCUGUGUGUGUGUACGCCAUGCUGGCGGGAGAGAGGGAGGGAGGGAUUUUUGAAGGGUUUUUUUGGCGAGGCGAGGCGAGAUAAUGCUCAUGCGUCCAUGCCGUGGAGGGAAGGUGGCUGCGCAGCAGUUCAUUCAUUCACUCAUUCAUUCAGACAGAGGAGUGCAGUCAAGAAUGAUCCGCUCACAACUCGUGAGUCCAUCCAUCCUGUCGUCUAUCGCACCUGUGUGUCUCUCUUCCUCUCUCGCCGUUCGUAUGCAGCCAUCCAUCCAUCUGAGUGAGUGAGUGCAUGGCCAUCGCGUCGCCUUUUUGACGUUUGUGCUGCCUGCCUGUCGCCUUUUUGUUGACGUUUGUGCUGCCAGCCACUGAUGCGCCUUCGUACGUCACGUGUGUCUGACUCCCCUGUGGCCGUUCGUUCUGUCUGACAUGCCAUGCGUGCGGGUGUGUGUGCGCGUCUGUGUUUGUAGUUGUGGUGCCGUUUUUGGCACUCAUCCCUUCCCCUCCUUGUGGAUCGCGUUCAUGAGAGUAUGUCGGGCGAUGGGUGGAUACGGACGCGCACAGCCAGCGGAGUUUUUAUUGAGUGACACUCCCCUGCGAAAUCAAUGGGAUAAACCGCAGAAAACAAAGAGGCUUCUGGUCGAUGGC